CAGAGACCACCCUAAAUCCCUGUUUGUGUAUUCUUUCUGCUCUUCUCUCUCUCAUCUUGCCCUCUGUCCGUUAACGCGUUCACGCGUAUAGUUGUCGCUUCUACGUGUGUGAACCCUAUAUAUAACCACCCUCCCAAUUAGUCUAAUAGCAGGUGCAGAAAAUUAAUCACCCUUUUAUUUUCUCUGCAUCUGUUUAUUCCUUUCUCCAUCACCAAUCAAUCCAACUAUUCCAUUCCACAUCCAUCAAAAGAGAAAAAUAAAAAAUAAAAAUAAAAAUUCCAAUUACAAUACUACGAUCGAUAUUCCAAUAAAAGAGGAAAGCAAAUGCCGUCAUUGGAGGAUGAACUCUUUCCAUCAACACCAGGAAAGUUCAAGAUCGAGCGAACUCACAACAUGAAUCGUCAGGUUUACCGGUGCUUCGCUUCCACAAGCACCAUGUUCUUGUGGGCCCUCUUCCUUAUUGCACUCACCGCUUCCUACCUCAGCUUCCAAAGCUUCGUCGAUUCCGGUAGCCGGUAUCUCUCGGCUUCCUGGGGUGGGAUCCAGUGGGAGAAGCAGGUUCGCACCUCAGCUCAGAUCCACCGACAGGGAGGCAUGUCGGUUCUGGUGACCGGCGCUGCCGGUUUCGUCGGGUCACACGUGUCCCUCGCUCUCAAGAGAAGAGGAGACGGCGUCGUUGGCCUCGACAAUUUCAACGACUACUACGACCCUUCCCUGAAGAAAGCGCGUAAUGCUCUCCUCACCACACAUGGCAUCUUCAUCGUCGAAGGGGACAUCAACGACGCUAAGCUAUUGGCCAAGCUAUUCGACGUCGUCGCUUUCUCUCACGUGAUGCACCUCGCGGCUCAAGCUGGUGUCAGGUACGCCAUGGAAAACCCUCACUCUUAUGUUCACAGCAACAUUGCGGGGCUCGUCACGCUCCUCGAGGCGUCCAAAUCGGCGAACCCUCAACCCGCCGUUGUUUGGGCUUCUUCCAGCUCCGUCUACGGCCUCAACGAGAAGGUUCCCUUCUCAGAGUCUGAUCGGACCGACCAACCCGCUAGCCUCUACGCCGCAACGAAAAAAGCCGGCGAGGAAAUCACCCACACCUACAACCACAUAUACGGCUUGUCCAUCACCGGAUUGAGGUUCUUCACCGUUUAUGGACCCUGGGGAAGACCCGACAUGGCUUAUUUCUCGUUUACCCGCAAUAUUCUUCAGGGAAAACCCAUCACUGUUUACCGGGGCAAGAACCGGGUCGAUCUGGCCCGGGACUUCACGUACAUUGAUGAUAUCGUGAAGGGCUGCGUCGGGUCGCUGGAUACUUCAGGGAAGAGUACCGGGUCGGGUGGAAAGAAACGGGGACCCGCCCCGUAUCGAAUCUUUAACCUUGGGAACACUUCUCCGGUGACUGUGCCGACGCUUGUGAGUAUCCUGGAGCGUCACUUGAAGGUCAGGGCGAAGAGGAAUAUGAUUGACAUGCCUGGAAACGGUGACGUUCCGUUCACUCAUGCUAACAUAAGUUCGGCCCGAAGAGAACUCGGGUAUAAGCCCACGACCGAUUUGCAAACCGGGUUGAAGAAGUUCGUGAAGUGGUACCUUUCCUAUUACGGCUACAAUCACGGCAAACCUGUAAAUUAAUUUCGUUUCCCUUUUUUUGUGUUUUUUCUUUUUUUAGCCUAUUAGAAUUUUUAAUGACAGAUAAGGAGGUUAAAAAAGAAAACUAAAUUUGGAAAGAAGAAAAGAAAGAACAUGGUCAACAAGAAAAGAAAGGAAACGGGACUUAAAAAAAAAAAAAAAAGAGAAAAGAAGGGGAACAAUUCUUUACUUAGGAGGCCAGCUAAAUCAGCGGUUCCUUAGUUGAUUUCUUUUCUUUUUUUGUAUUAAUUGGUGUUUUUUGUAACUUUUUUUUUUUCAUCAUUUUUUCUUUUGUGUAAAGAAAGAAAGUUCAAG